CGCAGAUAAAUUAAGCAAGUCAUCACUACAGAUGAUAACUUAUAAUAUGUUCAAUAUCUUAUACUGUUAGCGAGGGAGAAUAUAUAUGAUAUAGCUUAAAUAUUAUAUAAAAGAAAACACUGAAAAUAUUCUUGCCAAUCAGCAGGUUUGCAUUGCUAUAGAUGGUGCUUUAGAUGGUUUUGCAUCUUUGAAAAGUGACGAAACCCCACAACUUUCCACUGAUGGUAAUCACUGAGCACUUCCGUGGUCGUGCUUUAAGGGAGGUUUGAUUUGCACUUGAUAAGAAAAAAUAUAUUUAAGAUCAGUGUAACAAGAGAUUUUAAAACUGUCAAAAAAUAUGUGUGCUUGCAAAAUCAUGUGGAUUAUACAACCUGUCCUCAUUAUUAUCGUUUUACACAUGCUGGAAGUAACAUCCGCAGAUAACUGCACGGCAAGGAGCUCCAAUAAAAACGAUUCAACAAAGACUUCACACAAGGAAAUUUGUACUGUUCUUAAUCCUUUGGUGUAUGGAUUCAUUUGUUUCCUGGCUGCAGUUGUUUUCAUACUUCUGAUAAUUCUGUUUACAGUGACUUUAAGGCAUUUUUUUAAUUCAGGUAUGAGAGUCGAUACCCACGAGAAGAGAGAACCAACCCCAGUGUGUCAGAAUGAUGCGAUUAUAAACAUUCACACUCCUCCAGUCAACGGUGCAGAUGAUUCCUCCUCAACCAGUUCUGAAAGUCCUGAUGGCUCGCUGUCAGACAUUUCCAGGGGCUGUCAACAGAAUGCAAGUGCCCAGGAACGUCGUAAGGAUUCCGAUUACAUAAAUAUUUCAGAGGGUGUGUCCUCCGGACAAGUGGACUUUAAGAAGAAUGCAAAAACACGCCAGCAUAUUGAUUAUGUCAACGUUAAUGAACCGAGGAAGACUACCAAAAAAGAGAAGUGUGAUGAUGACAUUAAUGCAAGUGUAAGCAGCGAAACAAGCGUUGAAUCAGCGGUUAACUACUCAACGGUUGUAUUUACUAAAGUUAAUUAAUAGAGAAUGUAAUGUUUCUGAAAAACGUGUCAUAGUUUCUUUCUGUGUCACAUUUAUAAAUCUGUGCAUGGCUACACAUUUUUAAAAGUA